UAUUCUUUUAAGUAUAUCUGUGAAUACAUUUCUUCAAGUUAGUUCUGGGCAAGACACAACUACAAGUAAAAUAAAAGCUACAAUACUAAUACAGCCGUGGCCAACAAGUGUAAAACUACAAACUACCUACCAGAA